GCGGCGGUGUGACGAGGAGGCGUUGGUUCCCAACGAACACUGGCUUGGUAUUACCGCAAUGGUCCGUAAUGGCAAAAAUGGUGGACUCCAUCUGAAACAGAUCUCUUACUACAAACAAACGGGUGGAUAUCAUCCCACAACAUUAGCAAGUGAAAGGAGCGGAAUAAGGAGAGCAGCUAAAAAGUUUGUUUUCAGAGAUAACAGUCUGUUCUAUGUGGGAAAAGACAAGAGGCAAAUGCGACUGGUGAUUCUUUCUGAUGAAGAGAAAAGGAAAGUGUUAGAAAAGUGCCAUGAACAUCAUGCAGGUGCACAUCAUGGCAUAUCAAGGACACUGACCCUGGUGGAAUCUCAGUAUUAUUGGACAUCGGUAACCAGCGAUGUAAAACAGUGGGUAUACGCUUGCGAGCAUUGCCAGGUAGCAAAGAAUACAGCUGCUGUAGCGUCUAAAUUCCGUUCUAUUAAGGCAGAAGAGCCGUGGACUUUAGUCACUCUAGAGCUAAUGGGGCCUUUUGAUGCCACCAGCCGGAACAAUGUGUAUGUCAUCCUCCUAACAGAUGUUUUCACUAAGUGGGUUGUGGUUUUGCCCCUGCAUGACCUUUCAGCAUCUGAAGUGGCUAAGGCAGUUGUCAGCGCAUCAUUCUGUUAUGGACCACCUCAGAAAAUAACUAUAGAUCAGGAAGAAGAGUUUGUUCAUCAGAUCAACAGGGAGCUGUUUGAACACUUUGGCACAAAGGAAUUAAUAAUGCCAUACCCUCAAGCGGAUCAUGAAAACGAAGCUGUCAGAUCUUUCCUUCUCAAAUACUGCACGGAGCACACCAAAGACUGGGAUGACCAUUUGCAAGCUAUUUCAUAUGCGUUCAACUUGAUUGAUUCAGAAACUAGCAACAACACGCCCUAUUUCCAAAUGUUUAAACGAAAUCCUUAUAUACCUUCAACAUUAAGUGUGAUUCAAGAAGGGGAGAGUGACUGCAUGUUUGUGAGAAUCUUAGCUGCUAUUAGACAAGCAGAGAAAGCAGUACAGGAAAGGACAAUUUCAAGUUGCCAGAAUAUGACGAAAAUGCCUGUGGAACAGCUGAGUGGGAACAUGAGCCAAGUCAGGAAGAAACCAAAGCAAGUUAAUCAAUUUCUCCUUAAAGUUGGACAUGAAGUUCUCAGACAAAAGAAGAAUUGGUGGAAAGAUGGUCGUUUCCAGUCCGAAUGGGUUGGCCCUUGUAUUAUAGAUUAUGUUACUGAUAAUGGCUGUGCAAUAUUAAGAGAUGCGUCUGGCUCAAGGUUGAAAAGGCCCAUCAAAAUAUCUCAUCUUAAGCCAUAUAUAAGAGGAUCCCAGGAACAAGAUAGCAGCUACAUUUGGCAGAGUGCUGUCAUGGUUGAUCAUGACUAUGUCGGUUCAUCCAAAACGUCUGCAGGACAGAGCUCCAAAGAUGUCUUUUCUGGUAAAGGUCCACCUGUUCCCGUUGCUGAUGAUGGCCUGUUGGGAAAGGACCGUGUCUUCUCAGAAUGUCACAGUAGCGCAGAGACAGAAUUGAUAGACGCAGACUCCACUGACUCAAUGCCGAAGAAUCCAAAACAGUGGUGUGCAGCUUACCGGACUCUUCAGAAUAAGACAGAGGCUACUUAAAUCAAAUGCAAUAAGACUCCAUUGGAUUAAGUGGUACGGAGCUUGUCAAAGGUGUGUAAAUACCAAUCUUUGCUUCCUUUGUCCAGAAUUAACUGCUGGUUCAGCUAGGUAACUACUGUACUGCUAAAUGCUGUGUUCAUAUGUUGUAUGAAACCAUAGCUUAGCACCAUAUGCUUUGGGCUUGUGCAGUCCCCUUUCCUGCUCUGGUGCAGCCAUAGAGGAGGAGACUGGAAACAUCCAGCUGUUUUUCAGCCAACCAUGGUUUCUCAUUUUAUAUCAAACUGCUUAAAUGUUAACUAUGGUUAAGGGAAACACAUCAACUUCAAGCAGUCUUCAACAUACUGAAAUGCAUGACCUAUGCAACUACUUCCCUUUAAAGAUCUUUUGUUGUUUUUCUGCUGGAUUUUAUUUAUUUAUAAUGUGUCUUAUGAGGUUGUUCGCCAUGUGAUCCCAGGGCGGGUUGCAGCAAUAUAAUAUAAAGUUAUAGAACCAUUACAGAAACAAUUAAAUCUGUUCCAAAUGAUACAGAGCAGCGUACAUUCAGUAGAAGAGGGUAGGUCACACAAAACAAAACGCUUAACUGUCAUAGACCACGUUAAAGAGGUGCAUAUUUAGCACAUGGUGAAAGUUGUACAAUGAACAUACCAGACACACCUCUGUGGAGACUGUGUGCCACAAUUUAGGGGCUGCCACAGAGAAAACCCUCUCCCUUAAGGGUUACUGUAACUGUUUUAUUAAAAGUGUAUUAUUAUUAUUAUUA